AUGCAAGAACCAGAUAAGAACCAACUCAAUAUAAUAACAGUACAAACGCGUAUAGAAGAAUUACCGAGCCCCUUGGCCAGCCGCCACAACCCCGCGUGUUACUGCGGGACAGAUGAUGCCUUCCUCUGCCAAGCGUGCGACCUCUCCGUCCACUCUGCCAAUCCCCUGGCCCGCUGCCACAACCGAGUCCGCCUCAAGACCUCAUCGGACGACCCCGCGUGGCACCGGGGCUUCACCCGCAAGGCCCGAACCCCCGGGCCCAACAAGAAGAACAUCAGCGCCAAGAGCCAGUCCGGGCCGGCCUCCAACCCGGCCCACCCCAGCGAAGACAACGACACAGAGGAGGAGCAGCCCAACCCGACCCACCUAUGCACUCUCGACCAGCCUGUCAACGAUAACGGCCAUCUCACAUGCAGAGCACAUGGCAUCACCUAA